AUGCAUCCACCACAAGUUUUACUCUUAUUCUUAAAUGUAUGUAUUUUUAUUUGUGGAGAAACUGUACAAGGUAAUUGUGCACAUCAUUCUACGAAUUCUCCAGUCGUUAAUGUUGUAGAAGAUGUAUCUAAUGCAAAAGAUGGAAUUCAAAGUAAUGAUACUGUUUAUAAGGAAGACUGUGAAGAAUCAUGUGAUGCUAAAACUAAAAUUACACGAGAAGAAAAACAUUUCAUGUGUAGAAAUCUGCAAAAUUCUAUUGUUUCCUACACACGAAGUACCAAAAAACUUUUAAGAAAUAUAAUGGAUGAGCAACAAGCAUCCCUGGACUAUUUAUCUAAUCAGGUUAAUGAACUCAUGAAUCGAGUUCUCCUUUUGACUACAGAAGUUUUUAGAAAACAGCUGGAUCCUUUUCCUCACAGACCCGUUCAGUCACAUGGUUUAGAUUGCACUGAUAUUAAAGAUACCAUUGGCUCUGUGACCAAAACACCAAGUGGUUUGUAUAUAAUCUACCCAGAAGGCUCUAGCUAUCCAUUUGAGGUAAUGUGUGACAUGGAUUACAGAGGAGGUGGAUGGACUGUGAUACAGAAGAGGAUUGAUGGGACAAUUGAUUUCCAGAGGUUAUGGUGUGAUUAUCUGGAUGGAUUUGGUGAUCUUUUAGGAGAAUUUUGGCUAGGACUAAAAAAGAUUUUUUAUAUAGUAAAUCAGAAAAAUACCAGUUUUAUGCUUUAUGUGGCUUUGGAAUCUGAAGAUGACACAUUUGCUUAUGCAUCAUAUGAUAAUUUUUGGCUAGAGGAUGAGACAAGAUUUUUUAAAAUGCACUUAGGACGGUAUUCAGGAAAUGCAGGUGAUGCAUUCCGGGGCCUCAAAAAAGAAGAUAAUCAAAAUGCAAUGCCUUUCAGCACAUCAGACGUUGAUAAUGAUGGGUGCCGCCCUGUAUGCCUGGUCAAUGGUCAGUCUGUGAAGAGCUGCAGCCACCUCAAAAACAACACUGGCUGGUGGUUCAACCAGUGUGGUCUAGCAAAUUUAAAUGGCAUUCAUCACUUCCCUGGAAAAUUUCUUGCAAGCGGAAUUCAGUGGGGCACAUGGACGAAAAACAACUUACCCGUCAAGAUUAAAUCGGCUUCAAUGAAAAUUAGAAGAACUUAUAAUCCAUAUUUUAAGUAA